AUGUCGUUCUUUAAGCCUAUACGAUGGCUGUAUAGGGAGUUUGGCCUCGACUCUGUCUACAAGACGGGACCCGAUACCUGGUUCGUGAUACUGGCGAGAACAUGUCGGAUGUUUGCAUUCGGGGCUAUCUCCCUGAUCCUAGCCUUAUUCAUGUCGUCUUUGCAUUUCUCAGACCUUUGGAUCGGCUUCUUCAUGACGAUGACGCUGGUCGGGGACGUCAUCCUCUCCGUUCUCACAGCUUUGGUGGCAGACCGUGUUGGGCGUCGGCGGAUUCUCUUCCUUGGGGGUUCUUUGAUGGUGCUAUCUGGUACAGUAUUCAUCUUCUUUGAGAAUUACUGGAUCCUGCUCAUUGGAGCUGUUGUCGGCGUCAUCAGUGCUACUGGUGGUGAUUUUGGUCCGUUUCGCUCUGUUGAAGAGUCUACGAUAUCCCAUCUCACGACAACAGCUACACGGACUGAUGUGCUCUCUUGGUAUGUCACAACUUCGACGCUGGGUUCAGCCCUGGGGAAUGAAGUUGCUGGUCGGAUAGCCAACCUUUUGAAGCGACUUCAGGGAGCAAAGCGGCAUAUUACGGAUGUGUACCAUACUAUGUUUUGGAUAUAUGUUGCAAUGGGUACUUUAUCCAUGGUGUUAGCAUGCCUAAUGAGUAGAAAAUGCGAGUAUACCGAAGUACAGGUCAAACCUGGCGCUGAAGGGUCUCAAGAGUCUGAUCCGCUACUUGACGCUAGGGAAGCAGAAGAGAAUACCGACGGGCAAGACGAAGGAGACCCUGUUCUUACAUCUUCAAAGGACAGCCAGCAAUCAUCGGAAUCACGGUCUUUGUUUGGCAGGCUAUACCACAACAGCAAGAUUGCGGAUAUAUCACAUGAAUCCCUCUCUGUGAUUAUCAAGCUCUGGGUACUCCUUACAAUAGACUCCUUGGCUGACGGAAUGGUCUCAUACGCACUCACAAACUACUAUCUUGUGCGGAAAUUUGGGCUUACUGAGUCGUACCUAGGAGACAUCAUGUCAAUCUGCUUCCUACUCAUGGCUAUAUCCACCGCCUUUGCCGGACCACUUGCUCGACGCCUAGGACUCAUCAACACUAUGGUCUUCACACACCUCCCGUCAUCUCUCGCUGUUCUGCUGUUUCCUGUACCCCAGGGCGUGGGCCUGACCAUAGCUCUACUAUUCAUACGCACAGCACUAAAUAGUAUGGAUCAAGGACCAAGAGCUGCGUUCAUUGCUGCGGUAGUAAAGCCGGGAGAGCGCACAGCGGUUAUGGGUAUCACAGCUGUGCUCAGAACAUUAGCAUCGACUCUAGGGCCUAGUCUUACCGGUUUUCUUGCUGACACGGACAAGUUUUGGAUCGCAUUUAUCGUUGCCGGAGCUCUACGUGUCGCCUAUGAUUUGGGACUGUUCUUCUUGUUUAUUGAUCUGAAAAUAAAUGCUACUGAGCAGACAGAGAACUCAGAGAUAAAUAAUCAAACAUGA